CCAAAUGAUGCUGGAGAGCCGAGAGGCGGCACCGAGCGUUUGAAAUGUCUGCUGCAGCUGAUUUUGGGGCCAGUAUGCCGGCAUUUUUCUCCCAAAUCCGCGCACCCUGAGAUCCUGGCGAACAACGGGAGACGUGCACAGUUACCGCUGCUGCCGGUAUGUGAACAACUUCUCACACUGAAGCUAAAGAUGAACCGGCUCCGUGCUUGCUGAUUUUGUUGGGUUUUUUCCCCCCCUUCUUCUUCUUUCUCCAUCGCUGUUGCAUCAAUUGGAUGCUGCGUGAAGCCGCUUGGUGAUGAUGCAUUGGUGGGGUUUGAGUGUCUUUACCCCCGAUCUGACUUUUCUCCUCGGCGAUGUAAAUUCGAGCUAUUGAGCCCGAUCUUUUUUUUUUUUUUUUUUUUUUUUUCCCUUUUGCUCACCCACCUUGCGACAGUAAAAUAAAAGGUGGGGGAGAAAUAUGAGUGAUUUCGACGCGAGGUGUGAGGAUGCCUGUAGCUGUGGUUGUGUCAUUGCUGCGGCACGUUCCGGAGCUCCUCAGCUCAAGACAGUCUCAACAAACCUCAGCUGAAGAGAAAACAGCAAGCUGGCAAGUGCUUUAUCACCCUACAUAAGCCAUACAGAGCCCGUGCAUGUUAUGUCGGACGAAGCCACUCUCCAGGGAGGGCAUCUAUUGCACUGAGAUUUUAUUGGGGUGGGAGGGUGGGGGGGCUUCCCAAGAACUGCCACAUCCCCAAAUUCGUCUGAGGACUGCUGCGAGCACACAAGCUCCCUGAUGAUUUUUGGAGGGCAGCCCUGAUGCAUCGUGUGAGUGUGAAAGCUCCGAGAGCCUUUUUGCCAGGUUUGCAUCACCAGACAGGAGACUGAGCAGACGGUAACUCUGUGUGUGUCAUGUUUAGAGGUUGGACUCUUGCCUGCUCCCUCCAACUCUGAGCCAAAAUCUUUGACCUGCCCUGUCUGAGCCCUUUUGUAUGAGCAUCACGGCGCUGCCACAACAGCACGACGGGAAACGGUGUCGAGCAGCACCAACAGUUUGUAGACAUUGCUGUUUGUGUGACUCCUUGUUUAAAAGACAAAAAACAAACCCAACCCUAUACUCAGACUCUCAGAAUAAGAGACACAGACAUCAGCUGCCAGGAUGCAGGUGUCUUUUGCAUGCACUGAGCACAACCUCAAAAGUCGCAGCGAGGACCGGCUUUGUGGCCUUCGCACCGCUCCACCUCCUGGAGGGAGCAGUGGCGGAGUAGGGGGAGGUGGUGGCGGUGGAGGAGGAGGAAGUGGAGGUGGUGGUGGUGGUGGAGGAGGAAGCGGAGGUGGAAGCAGUGGACAAGGGAGCAAUGGCAACUACAUGUCUCAAGGUUCUGUCAAGACCAGGGAGGGUUCCGGGUCUCGUCAGACUCCUCAGGGUCACGCCCACAUGAAGGAGGCUAUUGGGCGCCACACCAAUAUGAAGUACAGGAACCUGGGAAAAUCGGGCCUACGUGUUUCCUGUCUCGGGUUAGGCACCUGGGUGACAUUUGGAUCGCAGAUCUCUGAUGAAAUGGCGGAGAACCUGAUGACCGUAGCUUAUGAGAACGGAGUGAACCUGUUUGACACAGCGGAGGUGUACGCCUCUGGAAGGGCGGAAAUUACUCUAGGGAACAUCAUCAAGAAGAAAGGUUGGAGACGUUCAAGUUUUGUCAUUACGACAAAAAUCUACUGGGGAGGCCAGGCAGAGACAGAGAGAGGACUCUCCAGAAAGCACAUUAUUGAAGGUUUACGAGGAUCCCUAUCAAGACUCCAGCUAGAUUAUGUGGACAUCGUUUUUGCCAACAGAAAUGAUGUCAACAGUCCGAUGGAAGAGAUUGUACGGGCCAUGACGUUUGUAAUAAACCAGGGUAUGGCUAUGUACUGGGGAACCUCGCGCUGGAGCGCAAUGGAAAUCAUGGAGGCAUACUCAGUGGCACGCCAGUUCAACCUGAUACCACCUGUGUGCGAGCAGGCAGAGUAUCACUAUUUCCAGAGGGACAAAGUGGAAGUGCAGCUUCCUGAACUCUACCACAAGAUCGGUGUUGGAGCGAUGACCUGGUCUCCGCUCGCUUGUGGUUUAAUCACAGGCAAGUACAGUGAUGGUGUACCGGAGUGCUCCAGAGCAGCAAUGAAGGGGUACCAGUGGCUGAAGGAGCGAGUGAACAGUGAGGAGGGUCGGAGGCAGCUGGCUAAAAUCAAGGAGCUCCAUCUACUGGCAGACAGACUGGGCUGCACUGCUGCACAGUUAGCCAUCGCCUGGUGUCUGCGCAGUGAGGGAGUCAGCUCAGUACUUCUGGGUGUUUCUAAUACAGACCAGCUUCUUGAGAAUCUGGGUGCCCUCCGGAUUUUAUCUCAAAUGACCCCUCAAACCGUUACUGAGAUGGACGCCCUGCUGGGAAACAAGCCACACUCGAAGAAAGAGUCACGCGCUUGAUGAUUCAAAUCUCAGCGACGGACGAUGUUCCGAGAAGUUGAAGAAGACUUUGAUAUUGGGGAAACAUCGCUUUUUGCUCUGCUGUAUACUCAACAACUUGCAUGUCCUCGGCAACAUUUAUGCUUCCAGUAUGUGCGCAUAUCCAUUCUGCGCAGUACAUUAUAUCAUGUAGAAGAAGAAAAAAAGAAAAAAGAAAAAGAGAACUCUCUCAAUUGUGGAAGAAAAAAAACAUAAUCGAUCAUAUAUUGCUCACUGUUGAUUGUUCAGAGACUAAUUAUUUCAACAUAGAGGAAGGCUAAAGCUGGUCAAUCAAAUGUCAAUCCUAAAAUGAGGAAAGAAAGAAAAAAAAAAGGCCACCUCUGCCCUAACAUGCAACUUUACUGCGUGAACGGUGCUUUCAUUAGACGUGUGAGUCUCCUCCCCUCACAGCUGCCUGUUAUUCUGUGUGAUGUUUAGUACCCAGCAGCCAGAGAGCUAAAGGUUAGUCCUUAUGUGUCUAACCGAACAUUUCCCGUAUAGUGUGCAUGUGACUGCUCUGCCACACUCACCGCUUUAUAGGGUUGGGAACAAUGAAUUACUUGUGAAGUAAUAAAAAAAAAACCCCACAGCAAAUAAGCCACUCUGGUAUUACUUUUUUUUUUUUUAAAUCACAUGAUUUAAAAGGAAAAAUUGGCAAAUGAAUUUCAAACAUGAAGGUUACAGAGUUAGAACUGAGUCUGGCAGAAAUGUUGAAAUAAUAAUAAUAACUUAUGUGUGCUGUUACGUUGUCAAAUUGGCAAUCAGAAAUCAAAAGCCAGUGACAUUUUGCAAAGUGACUUUUCCCAACCCUGCUGCUUUCUCAGCGGUCCGUUUGCCUCCUCUGUGCGCAUGUCCCUUUAAGACAGAAUAGCCCUAACAGGGUGUAAAUGUGGCAUGGCUUCUUUUCUUUUUUUUUACGGCUUAUGUAGAUUUGCAGUGCCCUUGUAAGCCAUUUAUUUAUUUAUUUUUUAAACUCUAAGCGGUCAGAUAGUUUUAUCCGACAUAACCAUCCUGCUGGGCACGCUCGCCUUAAAGGCUCUCAGCAGUCUGCAGACACGGCUUGUGUGUUCAUGUUGCAUAUAAUCUUUGCAUCGUCCUAAACUAUGUCAAAAGAUGCUGACAUCACUUUCUAGCGGUGCCGAGUUGCUGAUCUCGAGUCGCAGGUCUGAGACGGCUGGACUGAGCGGAAAGGUUGCUGGGUGUCUGACACAAAGAUUGGGACAUAUUGUGGUGAACGUUACGUUUUCAAAAAGAUGGGAAAUAAAAACAAUAAGUCUGAGUUUA